GAAAUUACAGCCUCACUUUAAAGAAACGACAGUAUUGUCAGCUAAUUACUUCUAGCACACAAAUAAGAUUCUCAUUCAACUUUGUUUUUUGUGUGAAAUUCUGAGCCUUUAAAGGCAGCUUUAGAACUUGGGUGUUCCCGAGUUCCUUGGCAGUCCCUGAUCCUUUAUGCUUAGAAAUUCAAGGAAGGUGCAGAAGAAUGGAAACUAAAGAUACUUGUAACUACCUGUAACUGCUGCAGUGGGAAAUGGGUCAAGUUCUCUCUCGACUAGAUGAAGGUGACCAAGUGCAUUUAAAUGGCCUCAACUCCGACUGCAGCAAACUGAUGAUGAAAAGGAGGAGACUGUGGGAUUAUUCCUUUCAGCUUUCCUGGAUGAUGGAGGGAGAGAUAUUUGCUGCCACUUUGGUGCCACCCGGGAGCAUGCCACCAGAUUCUAGCAUGACUCUGGAACAGAAAACCACCUUUGUCUUUGUGAUUUUGUUAUUUGUUUUCUUGGGAAUCCUCAUUGUUCGCUGCUUCCGAAUUCUCCUCGACCCCUACCGGAGUAUGCCGACCUCAACCUGGGCUGAUGGACUUGAUGGACUGGAGAAAGGCCAGUUUGAUUAUGCUCUUGCUUAGAGACUGAGAAUUAUGGAGGCUUAUUUAGCACACCGAUAAUGAAAGAAAAAUCCUGGAAUGUCUCUCCCUUUUUGUUUUGUGUUUUUUUUUUCCAGAUAUUAUAAGAGUUGCAACAUAUAAACAAACACACCACUGAUUUGAUUUUUUUUAAAUUAAAUGCCAAAGCAAGUUAAAUUUUUGAAAGUAGAUUAGUGAAUUUCCUCAUGGGGGAAAAAAAAGACAGAGCUUGCAUUAGCAGAAUUUUGCUUCACGAUACACAGCAUGUGUGAUAUCUUAUAACUCAAUAUUUGAUUUGCAGAUACUAGAGCAAGCCUUUUCUAGGGUAGCCUUUUUAUCAUUAAACAAAAGUCUGUGGAGAAAGGUCUCUUAUAAAUAAGGUAAGAAUAUGAUUUUAUGAUCUGUAUGUGGUAAACUUUUCAAGCCCCACAAGACUUUCUUUUUGUGCUACUUCCCAUGCUUUGAAGACAGAUAAGGAAGUGUCCCAUACUAUAAGAUGAGGCUUAGAGCUCUAGAAAACCUCAGGAGAAAAAGUUCCUUCGUGUUCUCCCAUGCAUUCAAGAAGAUGCUCUUUCUCAGCAUUAAACAGUGAAUAAGCUGCUUAUUAGUGACAAACCACUGGCUGUAAUCUUGAUUGUGAAUAAAAUAUGUAAUGAUUUUGGCCUA